AUAUGCUACUUCAUUUUAUUAAAUUUUAACUUGCUUUGAUUAUCAAAAUUUUAUGAAAACUAAACUUGAAUUGUUCUUUAAAUGGGGAAACCACCAAUAAGGCGCCAACCCAAAAUUACAGAAAGUUUUCUGUUUAGUAAACACACGAUUUAAACAUCUCACACAAAUAUUUAUGAUGCUAAAUAGUAACAUGGAUCAAGCCCAGUUCCUCACUCAACGGAAUAAAUUUCUUCAGAUCGUUGAAGAGUUACGACACUAUAGAGUGAUGAAUGAAACAUUGGAAGGAAAGAUUGCUGUUUUGCAUGGUGAGAAGAUUGGACUUGGUGAUGCUGCUGACAAAUAUCAGUCCAUGUUAAAAAAAAGUGAAGAGAGAUGUUCUGAAUUAGAGCAGCAGUUGAAACAACUUGGUGGAUUUAACCGUGACUCCAACUUGUUGGAAGAAAACAGUAAACUUAAAGUUGCUCUUUCUGCUGCUGAAUCCUCAAUUAAAGAGCUGAAGUCAAAAAUUGUUGGUUUCAGUGCUAUACGUACGGAUCUGGAAAAAAAGCUUGAGAAAAGUGAGAAAAAGUUGGUAGUGAGCAUGAAGUCUUGCGAUUCAUUUCUGAAUAGAACUACUCAGUUUCAAUCCACAGCGCAGAAGUUAGCGCAACAGCUCCAACAGACCAGUGCAGUACAGUCAACUUUAGAAAGAAACAUUGAAGCGUCCGGUAACAUCAUUCGAAACUUAAUUUUGGUUAAAGAACAUCAGAAGUGCAUUAUUGAAGAUCUUAAAAAAGAAAAGAAAAAUCUAGUAUUUGAGGUGGCAGAGUUAAACAGCAGACUUGCUCUUAAAGAAGAAAGCAAUGGAAAUCAAAGCAAGAAAUAUGAACAAAUUAAUAUACAGUUAGAAUCCGCUGUUGGAAAAACGAAAAUGUUGCAAUUGGAAAAUCAAGCCUUAGAAAAACAGCUUGAAAUCUCAAAAACAAGUUUAUCUGAAUCAACCAUUGCCAUGUCCAAAACAAACCAACUGCUAGAGAGAAAUGAACAACUUGGCAAUAAAACUAUUUCUGAGCUGCAACAAAAACUAGAAACCUGUAUUUCCGAAUUGGACGAUUUGCGGGUAAAAUCAAAUCAUACAAAAACGAAAAACGUGGCCGUUCAAGUAAAUUUAAACGAAAAGAAAAUUUCUGAGAAUAGCGACCUCAAUACAGAUAAGCUAACAUGCUACUACUGACCACCUGUUGACUUUGCUGCUUGAAUCUGCCAUAAAAGCGAUCAGCUUGUGAACUACCAACGACCAGCAAGCUAUUUAAAGCUCUGUUUACCCUCGUCGAAUACAAUGUGUCUACUCUUAAGCGUGUCUGUAUAGUUGACCGACGGAGCUCGUUUUUCGCGUACGUGCUCAGUCUUUGCGCGCAGAAAUGCAGGUUUAUUGUCGCUAGUCUAAAACCUGGAAACAAACAAACUCAAAGCUAAAUUACGAUCUUGCGGGCUGGGGCACGACGUGGCGAAAUAGCUGAUCGUGUUUUACAAUGCAAGUACAAGACAUCCGGGCUUUAAUCCAUAACUCAAACACACCGUGGUUAUUGUAAAGAAAGCAUUGUGAUUGACUGGUUUGCUUUGCUAUUGUUAUGUAGCUUUCUUAUUGUAACCUAAACACACAUACCGCCAUUUUGAAAUAUCGUUAGAGUUGAAUGUUUCGUUGAGAUAUAGUAGGGUGGGGGAAGAUAGGACACCUUUUCAUUCUAUUUUCAGGUCCCAUUUGGUUGUAA